CCUUGGCCCCGCGGGACUCACGGAAGCUUUGUCUCGUUCCUGGCUUUCCAGGCUUCUCUGCUUAUCCGCGGCCAGCCUCGGCCUCGGGGCCCUGACGAUCUAAGCGCCUCGGACCGCCACUAGGUGGCGUCGAAGCUCGAUGGCCGCGCCCGGGUCUGCUUUUGGCCUCGUCGGGCCACCGUCGCUUCGCCUCCGUGCUCGGCCACCCGUCCCGCCGCUUCGGGGCCUCCCGGCUGCUCCUUCGCAGCGUAGUCCGCCUGUUCCCCGAGCCUCAGACUCCCUGCCCGAGGUGGCAAUGUGCCGCUGAGCCGGGCCAGGAGAAGGACCACAAUGAGUGACAUUCGCCAUUCCUUGAUCCGCCGAGAUGCAUUAAGUGCUGCUAAGGAAGUAUUAUAUCAUUUGGACAUUUAUUUUAGCAGUCAACUCCAAAAUGCACCACUUCCUAUUGUGGACAAAGGUCCUAUUGAACUUUUGGAAGAAUUCAUAUUUCAGGUUCCCAAGGAGCGCAAUUCCCAACCUAAGAGGCUGAAUUCACUUCAGGAGCUUCAACUUCUUGAAAUCAUGUGCAAUUAUUUCCAGGAGCAAGCCAAGGAUUCUGUGCGUCAGAUUAUUUUUUCAUCCCUUUUCAGUCCUCAAGGGAACAAAGCAGAUGAUAGCCGCAUGGUCUUACUAGGAAAGUUGGUCUCAAUGGCAGUGGCUGUGUGUCGGAUUCCUGUGUUAGAAUGUGCUGCAUCUUGGCUACAGCGCACACCUGCGGGCUACUGUGUGAGGUUAGCAAAGGCCUUAGUUGAUGACUACUGUAGUUUGGUGCCAGGAUCCAUUCAGACAUUGAAACAGAUAUUCAGUGCCAGCCCUCGCUUCUGCUGCCAGUUUAUUACAGCUGUUACUGCAUUCUAUGACCUUUCCUCAGAUGAACUAAUUCCACCUUUGGACUUGCUUGAGAUAAUCGUCAACUGGAUCUUUGAGGAUCCCCGUUUGAUUCUCAUUACCUUUUUAAACACCCCAAUUGCAGCCAAUCUCCCGAUUGGAUUUUUAGAGCUCACCCCACUCACUGGACUGAUUCACUGGUGUGUGAAGGCACCUCUCGCUUACAAGAGAAGAAAGAAGACCACGCUACCAAAUGGCCACAUGAACAAUAAAAUCGCCAAGGAGUCUGUAGCAGGAGUCGACAGAGACUUUCACCUUUUGUACUCAAAACUGCAUCUAAGUGUUCUGCAGGUUCUGAUGAUGCUUCAGGUGCAUUUGACAGAGAAGAAUUUAUAUGGACGGCUGGGGCUGGUCCUGUUUGACCACAUGGUUCCUCUGGUUGAAGAGAUUAACAGAUUGUCUGAUGAACUAAAUCCACUCAAUGCCUCCAAAGAAAUCGAGCUGUCUCUCGAUCGCCUGGCACAGGCUCUGCAGGUGUCCAUGGCAUCCGGAGCCCUGCUGUGCACCAGAGAUGACUUGAGAACUUUGUGUUCCAGGCUGCCACAUAACAAUCUGCUUCAGCUCGUGAUCUCGGGUCCAGUGCAACAAUCAACCCAUACUGCACUGCCACCAGGAUUUUAUCCUCACAUUCAUACUCCUCCACUGGGUUAUCCUGCACAUGCUGCACACCCUGCAAUCCCUGCACACCCAGCUCAUCCUGCACUCCCAGCCCAUCCUGUACAGACGUUUAUACCAGGCAUGACUUUUCCAUACAGGCCUAUCCGUUAACUGACCCAUAACUUCCGAAGAAUCACAAAUCCAUUUUCCUUUACCUGGUGGAUUUGAGAUGAAAGCCUUACAGAGAAGAGGAUUACUGCUUCAGUCUAUUUUAAAAACAAGAUCUUUUUUUAAAAAAAAAAUUCUCUUCAUCUCCAACAGAACUAUACAGAUCUAUAAGAUUUGGUAUUCUUCCAAGAUAGCAGUAGAAUGGGCACUAGGAAGAAACAGAUGGUUCACCAUAUUAGCCCUAAACUUGGACACAUUCUUUAAAAUCUAAACUGAAUGGAUGAAGGAAAAAAUUACGGCCCCUCUGCAAAGUGAUUUUUCAGUUUUUGUUUCUUUUCUUUUUAGUUUACAAGUCCUGUGAGCCUGUUGUUAAUGAACAGCACCAUUGUAUUCAGUUGUCAGUGUGUAAUUUCAACGACACACAGCUGUCUGAGUCUAUAAUGAAAAGUGAUUGGUUUUUUCCUUUACUGAGCCUUCUCAGAAAUGAGAAGCCCAGAAAAGAAAUCUAGUCUAAGAUGCAGGAUUUGAAAAUUCAUUUCUCCAGCUGCUCUCCUUUCCUUGUAAAUGUUUGUAAUGAGGCCCUGGAAGAUACAGUGUCUAUUUUUGCAACUAUAUAGAAUCCAGAGAUUGAUGUGUUGUGAUUGCAAGGCACACAUGGCACUUUCCACUGUUAAAGGAAACCUGUAAAGAUAAAGAUUGCCCCUACAGUCUAGGAAAGGCACAUCCUUUUGUUUUCUCUAGGUCUCUGAAAUUUCCUUUUAUCUGUUCAAAUAAAUUUUUUAAAAAAAAGAAAUCUUGUAGACUUUAUGUUAGUAUACUAUAAAAAGCCAAUUUAAUUUGGUCUCAAAUUAGAUUUCUGCUUCCAUGAUUGAUCAUCAUAACAAGGAAACUAAAUAAAUACGACUUUUAAUUGAUCACUGACAACACACUAAUAUCUUGCUUGUCAGUGAAAGUAAUGAUUUUCUGCUUUGGGUUUGCUAGUAAGGUGCAAUAUUUACAACAUAACCCUUCAUUAACAAAAAUGGCCCAUUGAAUUAUGGAGUUUUUCCUAGUACAUUAGUAGAAGUUCUGUAGUGCUAGUUUUAGAAGGAGUAAGAAAAUAUUGAUAAAAAUCAGUUAACAUGUUAUCAUUGCAUAAGUAAACAAAAUUCGAGGAAAUGAGAGGGCAGCAAUGAAUGGCUGCAAUUUCAUCCUAUGAAAAUUAUGGGACAGAUUGCUGAACUUUAAUUCUAUGACUUAGCUACUCAUGGCUUCCUAGUCGAAGAUUACUUAAUUUCUAGAGGACCAUACCAGACUACUUAUGCAUUCCUGUGUAUUUUUUAUUCUAAAGACCAAAAUUUCAAACAUCCUACAAAAGUACAAUAUACAACAUCCAAAGUGCAAUGAAAGUGCCGUAUUUCAUUUAUUGACUAACAAACCUUCUUUUAAAUGUUUCCUUAAACUUGGAAAGAAGUGGUGCUAACCUUGCUAUGUAACUUUUCUUAUAGCAGUUCAGCUUUGAAUCAUCUCUGGAACCUAUUUUUCCAAUAUUGUUCAGUGACUUUAAAAAUGUUUGCAGAACAACAAAACCAAGAUUUUUCUAUUUUUUCAGUAGUUUUUAAAAACUGUUUAUUGUGUGGGAAAUCUGUUUCUCCCAAUUUCCCAUUUUAAUACCUGAAGAAAAUAACCAUUCCUUUAAAUUUGAUUUCAUUAUGAUUAUUGAUUGAAUCUGAUUCCCUUUUAAAUCAGAGUCAUAAAUUGUUUAUUAUUUAUAUAAGGUACUGUUUUUUCAGGGUUUGGAGAGGUGUGCAUGCCUCCAUCUCUUGCUGAAUGAGCUUCAAAAUGUAUGUAGAAUUGAACAAGAUCAGAAUGAUGUUUUUUCCAUGAAAUGGAAGAAUGGUGCCAGCUGCUUGUGAAAAGCACCAAGAGACAUCUAAAUUACACUACUUUUGCUUAGAAGGAAUUGUUCCUGAGUAAAAUAUGACACUUCCCUGGCCACUCACAGUACUGUUGAAAAACUACCAAGUGCUUCUCUAACUCGUCUUUCCUGGCUCCAGAAUCCAAUAUGAAUGACCAUAUUACUUGGUACUUUGCAAGAGCCAGGGGAAAAAUUUGUCUGGAAUGAAUGGAAAAUGAUGUUUCAUUUUGGCAGUCAAAUGCAGGCAAAAUGUAGGAAGAAUGAAGCAGAUCCUUUGUAUGCUGCCUUUGUGGUGAUGAAUUGCUUAAUACUUUAAUAAUGUAGUAAUUUGUCAGUCCAAAGGUGUGAUUGGGGCCAUUACUGAAUCUAUAAUAGUUACUCAGAAGCUCAUUUAACUUGAGGAACCUACAUUUGUUAACAUUCUUUAAAGUAAGUAGCUUUAAGAAUCAUCACAAUUUUCUGAGUGGUAUUAGGUUAAGACUUAGUGAAAAAAGUCAUUAUAUCCUUUAUCUAAGAAUACUAAAUUGGAUAGCCAGGAUGGAUUAGCUAGGUCCAGGAUAGCACCUCUUAAAACAUGGAUUCACAGAAUGUUAAGCCAAAAAUUGGAAGAGACAUUAGAAAUCAUAAUAUAGUACAACCUCCAGCAUCUGGAGAAAUCCCUUUUAUAAUCCCUCUGUCAGUCGUUCAACCUUCUAAUACUAAUAGUGAUUAAGAGCUUGCUCUCAUAAGCCAGCCUUCCAUUUUUAAAAGAACUAUAAUUAUUAGAAAGUUCUUAUUUUAAAUCAGAAGUUGCCUUUUUUUUUUUUUAAACGUUCUCCUUUUGGUCCUCCUUCUGUUUGCCAGAGCUAUACAGAACCAAUUUAGUCCUUGUAUGUGAUAGCCCUUGUAAUAUUUGAAGACCACUAACCUUUUUUCCUCUAGUUCUCUUUUCCUCGUUACUAAGAGCCUUAAAAGUAAUUUGUUUUUAUUGUAUAGGGGUCUUAAAAAACAUCCCUUGUUUCCACUAAAUUAGGUUUGUAUCAUGGCUAGCACCCAUACCAUUAAUAGCAAGGAGCUCAACUUCCAAUUAUACUGGAGCAUGAUGGGAUUUAUGGGACUAAACUAAAAUCAAGUGUUGUGAAUAAUUAAGAGUGAUAAAAUGCUGAGAGUUUGUCUUGAGUUACAUAUUUUAACUCCUCUGUUGAAACAUGUUAUACCAUCACUCACUUAGUUUGAUGACUGUCAUACACUAUUCCAAAGUCAUUGACCUUUCUAUAUUAAACUCAGGGCUGUUAUGUUUUAUGCGGGGAAUAUCGAGUAAGGAAUUGUUGAGUGUGAAUAUUAAGGGAAAAUAAUAUUCCUUUAUGCAAGAAUUUGCACUUUUGACUUUGAGAAGUUUCUAAAUCAUGCAAGUGCUAAUCCAAAGUUAUUUAGAUUGGUUGGCAACAAUAGAUGGUUAUUUGAAGAAUUUCCAAUCAGAGGGUAGAACUAUUGGCAAUAGUCUGGUAUUUUGGAUGUUAAGUGCAAACAUUGACUACUGAUUGCAUUAAAGUUUCUGCCUUUAUAAACAUCUAUGUAAAAAACAA